AUGUUGACACACGGCUUCAUGUACGGAUUCAAUACGGGACUGUUCGCACAGUUGAGGAAGACUAAAGAAAUACAGUUGGAUUUGGAGUUAGAGUCUUGGCUGGCCUCGUCAACCAACUUAUCAUUCAUCGUUGGAACGCUAUUCAGUUCAAUAUUCAUGGAUCGUUUCGGCAGGAGACCUGCAUUCAUAAUUGCAUCGGCCACCAUGAUAAUCGGCUGGUUAAUAUUCAUUGCAGCUAAAUCCUUCACCGCUUUAUUAGUUGCCAAAAUAUUUCAAGGCUUCUCUGCAGGUGUUGAAACGGCUGGAUCUGCUUCUUUACCUAAUAUUGUGGCCGGAGAAAUAUUCCCUUUGGCCAAUAGAAGCGCUUGUGGGGUGGUUUGUAACAUAAUGGCUUCAUUAUACACGUUCAUCAAUAUCAAAAACAUUCCUUAUAUCUUUUCUAAAGUUGGUGUCAGCGGAGUUUUCUUUAUGAACGCCGCCCUGCUUUCAUAUGCCCUCGUCAUCACAAUGUACAUGUUACCGGAAACAAAAGAUAAAACGCUCUUAGAAAUAGAAAUCAUAUUAAGAGGGUGUCCUAUUGCUGAUGAUGAUGAAACAAUGAUUAAUCUGAAAAAACAUAAUGAGACAAAUUUCUGA